UCGCCCCAGGAGAUUCGUACGAUGUUCAAUAUUACGAGUGGCUCCCCUCUACAACAGGAUGAAGAAGAUGUUGAUGGAUUGUGCGCUACCAUGGCUAUGUUGAACGAUUGUGAUUUUGAGGCGCAUGCGAACCGUGACCUCACAUUGGAGGAAAAGUCGUUAAAGGCUCUUGACAUAGUUCGUCGCCAAGAGUUCACUGAUUAUGACCCCAAACUCAAUGAUUUUAUGUGUACACGAUUAUGCUUGUUCAACAUGGCCUUCUUUGACAUCGACGAAGAGUCUACGAUCGGCCGUGGGCAGCUCCUUCAUCCACGGCACGAGUUAAUUGAGGAAGAAUCCAUCAAUGUCAUUUCCUUGAAGAUAUGUGAAUCGGAUGUAGGCUUCCCGGUCAACUUAUUUGGUACCGUCAUUGCAAGGGAUGAAGUCGAUUAUAAAUGUGUUCAUCUGUUUAGACGUGAAGCGGAUGAUCCCCAAUUCAUCACCUCGCCGGAUGAUAUGUUAGCUUUGACGGAUCCGUGUCGAGGGCUUGUUGCAUCAGAUAAAAUUUAUUUCGAGAUCAAUCUAAAGAUUAAGACUGAUAGUGGAGCAAUUCAAGAUUUUAGCAAAGGACUUCUGGUUUUUAAUAGUGUUUGUCUCAGUGAGGAUGAACAAUCCACGACGAGUUGUCUAACCAGUUGGCUGAGUGAUGUGGAAUUGACAUGUGCACACGUUCUAGAUCCCAUCGAAGCUACCAUUGCAAUCAAUUUGUUGAAGGGGAAAUGUAAUAUUUCAAGAGUGGAAGCUUGGACUACUGAAAACAGUGAGGAUCACAUGAUUCUUUAUGAAAAUAAAGCAGCAGGCACUCAGAUAGUAAUCGAUGAUGGUGGCACAGUUCCGUUAACGCGUCGUGUGGUAGCUGUGCCGCUUGAUGAGAAGGUGGUGCUUUCUCUUAUUGGCGAUGACGAAAGUGAACCCCUUGUGCUCACGCUGGGGCAGACUGAUGAAGUGCAUGCUUGCAAGAUGGGUUGCGGCGAAUUGCAGGUCAAAAUUGCUUGGACAGCUAUACCGGAGAGACGAAAAUAUAACAAGUGGGAGUUCGUCGGGGAUGAGCUCCUGAUGUUGUGAGCGCAUAAGGCUGUAAAUUAAUUUCCGGAUUUGU